AGGACACGCAGGUUUUAACCCACGCUCUGUGCUCGCGGCAGCCGCUCUUCCAAGACCUUCAAGCCCAAGAAGAACAUCCCGGAGGGCUCGCACCAGUACGAGCUGCUGAAGCACGCCGAGGCCACGCUGGGCAGCGGCAACCUCCGCAUGGCCGUCAUGCUGCCCGAGGGCGAGGACCUCAACGAGUGGGUGGCAGUGAACACUGUCGACUUCUUCAACCAGAUCAAUAUGCUGUAUGGAACCAUUACAGACUUCUGCACAGAGGAGAGCUGCCCCGUGAUGUCUGCUGGCCCAAAAUACGAGUACCACUGGGCGGACGGGACCAACAUCAAGAAGCCCAUUAAGUGCUCGGCACCAAAGUACAUUGACUACCUGAUGACUUGGGUCCAGGAUCAGCUGGAUGAUGAAACGUUAUUUCCGUCUAAAAUAGGUGUCCCUUUCCCAAAGAAUUUCAUGUCAGUGGCAAAGACUAUUUUAAAGCGGCUCUUCAGAGUUUAUGCUCACAUCUAUCACCAGCACUUUGAUCCAGUGAUCCAGCUACAGGAAGAAGCACAUCUGAACACUUCUUUCAAGCACUUUAUAUUUUUUGUUCAGGAAUUCAACCUUAUCGACAGGAGGGAACUCGCACCACUUCAAGAACUGAUUGAAAAACUCACCUCUAAGGACAGAUAAAAGGAAGAGGAGUUCUUCAAGUCACUUGUUUGUUUAAGCGAGCGUGUGGUAUUUGUUUUUUGUUCAUUUGUUUUUUUUUUUAGAAAAAAACAAGAUGACACAAAAACUUGCGCUGUUAUUGCUGACAGCCAAGCUCUACUUUCUGUGCUUUUAUUAGGGGAAAUCUUUUGUCUGUUAGUGACACGCAGUAAAUAGCCUUUUUUUUUUUUUUUUUUUCUCUCCCCCCUGAUUGUUGUUAUUCACUGUGGAUUUUUAGCAGGUGCUGAGUGUUUGUAAAGGAAACAUGCUUGGAUGGGGGAUUGAUUCUGCUGGUGGAUGGGUUCUGUAUCGUGUCAGUGGUAGCCCAUUCUCAUGAAGUCCCAAAAAGACUCGCUUACUUUCUCUAAGUGCCUUGGCAGACUCGCUUCUGAGGUGCAAAGCACAUACAAUACUGAACCUUGCUGGAAACAGAAAAUAUGAACUUAACACCCAGGACACUUACUGAUACUUGUUUUAGAAAAAAAUUAUAUAUGCUUACACUAAAAGAAAAAAAAAGCCAUAACUUAAAUCAACGAUCUCCAGCUUUUAAUACAAAUAUUUGUCUUACUUUUUUAGAGAGAUUAAUAUAGAAUUUUUCAAAGCUAGGUGUUUCCUAAGGAGCAAAGCGAUGGUCACCAAAUCCAACUGAUGAAGAUGGUGUCAAAAUGACCGAGCGCUUGGACUUAGCAAAAGCUUGUUUGCCUAUUGCACAGUUUUGGGCACCCUACAGUUGCAAAUAUAUAUAUAUUUUUAAGAGGUGAGCAUCAAGUGGGGUCAGUCACUUUUGGGGAGCUUCCUAGCAUUUGCCAAAUGAACCCUUAGUUUGCACAAAUACAGUUAAGGCAAGUACUCGGUGUCAAAACUACACUGGAGUAAUCCUUAGAGAGACCUGGCUUGAAAAUAGCUGGAGAGAUGGUGUUUGUAAGGUGGGAAUGCAAAGCUCAGCUCUGUCACGGAGCUCUGGUGUUCCCUGUGGUAGGGAAUCUUAUCUUGGAGGGAAGGUGAUUUCCUGGACCACUUUGGAUUGACGUUAGGACAGUGAUGUUCUCUCUCCUUGAAAACUGCAGCCCAUCUCCAAGGCAACCACAGCAGGGAAAAAUAGCAGGAUCAAACAGGUGGAAUUCUAGUGCUUUGUCACUUGCUAAGUGCAUCUUGGGUUUCUGAGAAAACACAGAACCUAAAAUAGGUUCUUCCUUCACCUCAGGUAGUCUCUUUGCCUCUUUAGUCCUGUGUUUUCUCAAACCUGAAAUGAAAAUCAAGGUCUGUAACAAGUUAGCUUCUCUAGGGUGACAGACUGCGGCUUGGAAAUCUUUGCUACAACUACUUUGGAAUCCGGAUUCUCUUUGCCCAACCCCCCUGUGAUCUCUCUUGUCCCAUUAUGGGUCUUGCCACAGCUGUGGUGUUUUGGAUGGAAAGGAAUCUGCAUGGGGUUUGUAACAGGCUGCCCUGUGGGGUCGCUCACUGCCCAGCUCCAGUGCAGUAGGUGAUCAGUGUUAUCAGUGUUGUCACGUUUGACUGGCACGAGGUGUCCCUUUUCAGGUCUCUGUGGUCCAGAGAUAAAAGCUGAUGGAUGUACACAAGGCUGACUCUUAAUCCCCCCAAAUUACAGUUGAAACGGGGGUUAACAUGUGACAGAACAGCCAGGCUUAUGUUUUGUGGACCUCUGCUUGACUGAAAAUGUGACGAUUAGGUAGAAGUUAAAAUACUGCGCAAAGAGCCUGCAAAACUUGCAAGCAACCAUUGGUAUAGAUAGUUAACGAGUAGAGAAGUCCAGUGAUAAACACGGGCUGCUUUUGGAGGCUAAAAUCAUUAUUUUGAAUUAAAUACUUUAUUUCAAAAUAAUCUGUACCUUAUCAAUUAUUCUUCCAUUGAGUUAAAAUCUGUAGUCCAUCAGGAGAAGCAGCUGAAUAUUUUGUCAAGUCUUCUGUCUCUCUGUUUCUUACCAGAAUUGAGCACAGUUGUGCAAAUCCAGUGUUGAACUGGAGAGUGCUCCACAAUCCACAUGAGCAGGACCAGGUGGGUCACACGUAUGGAGCAAAGGCCGCCUUCCCUCAGAUGUUUUAGCAAACUCCCAGUGUGACCAAGUCAGAGUCAAAUCUUGUCUUGAGCUGGUCAGGAUCUUGAUGCUCCCUUGACUAUGCACAUGUGGGAGGAAGAGAAGGGAGAUAGCCAGUACCUGAGAUGAAGGUGGAAAAAACAUGCAAAUCAUAAAGAGAUUGAAGGAAAGGCAAAUAAGGCAUAAACAUAUUUAAGUUUCUUUGGUUGAGCACCUAAGAUGUUGGGUCUCCCUGUACCUUUGUCCUCCUGCUGUUCGGAGGACUUAUGUUCCCUGUCUGGCUGGAAGUGGAGGAGCCAGUCAGCAGUGUAGCCUGUGAAUGCUGCUGCCAGGAAUUGGGUAAUAGGGAGAGAAGGAAGAGACUAGGCCCCAGGAGCACAAUAUGCCCAUAUGGGAUUGAGCAAGGACUGUUCCCGUCCUGCUUAGGAGCUGGAGAAGGAGCUGCUCUUGCACACCCCAGCCUGCUCACGUGCUGUGUGGUAUGUUAACCACAACAGCAGGCAAGGCAGGAGCUGUGGGGACAGACUGUGUGUGUUAUUCAGCAUUUAUUUGCAGCUGCAGGGCUGUCGUGCACAAAGCUUGACAUCUGGUCUGGACGUGACUAGGUAAGCCUAGUUUAGCCCCUCUGGAAUAGUAGGGCUCGCUCUGGGCAGAGCCUUGGAGGCUUCUUAUAGUUCAGGGCUAAAUAAUGUGCGAGACAAAUGUCAUUUCAGAACUGCAAGAGCAGGUGACAUCCAUCUGACUGUGCAACAGCAGCUUAACAGUGCAGUGCACAUGCAGGAGCUAGGAACAGAGCCCAGCUAGGCGUGAGGCUGGCACUAAGCUAGCUUGGCCUUGCCCACAUGAGCUCUGAGGCCAAGUUCAUAGCUGGGAAACGUCUCAAGCUUCUAGUUCCAGAGGCACAGUYGUGCCCCAGCUGCAGGUAUUAAAACUGUAAGUAUUAAAAAUGCCAGUAACCUUCAUAUCCAAGGAAAGCUGUUCUUGCUGAGUGGUCUGGGAGCUGCUCCAGGGACUCGGAAGCUGCUGAGCGCACUCAGUGGAGAGGAACGUUUUUCCCCUCGAUAGAGCCAGCUCCUCACACGCAGCGAGACGAGGGGAGAGGGGCUUACGUCUGCACCCACGUAGCAGAGACCUCCRUCAGCAGCAUUAGUGCUGUGCUUGGUUUGGUGCCGUGUACCCAUAAAUACUCGGAAGAGAAGAUGGAGAAGGCGGAAUUUGCUGUGGUAUCUGUGCGUUGGCUGUGCUUUUACCUCUACUCUCUUCUUCAGAUUUCUUGCAGCCAGCUCUAGAAAGUCAAAGGCAUCUGCUGCAGUUCAGACUGAGAAUGUMUCCUGUAGGAACUUAGUCCUGCGUGGCUAGUGUUUUCUUUGUGUAUUUAGAAUCUGGUGAGUCGAAAACAUUUUUACCAAAUAGUUUCUAGGCCUGUAAUAAAAGCUUGGAGAUCGUGAUUUGCCUGACAGCUGUAUGAACACCUUGUUCAACUGUACACUUGAAAAUAACAACACAAGAGAUACGUAUGCAGUGUUUGGGAUUCGGUAUCCCUGUGCUCUUGAUAUUUGCAGCUUUCAGUAAUUUUUCUUUUUCCUUCCAAAAGAUGUGGGACCAGAAGCUCACGCGCGUUUACACUGUUGAAGUAAGGGCACGUGGAAGUGUGAGACACCAGUUGCCACGUUGAACAAGCUCGGUGGGGAUCUAGUGCAUGUGGUCCCAGGCCGGUGCAUUUGCUGGAGGGCGGGCGAGGGGGACCUGCCCUCUUCCCAAAUAAAUCCCAGAGAAGUAACGGGGCUGUGGAGGGCACUUGUGGUGCCUGGAUCCCGCUGCCCGSGCCUUGCAGCGCACGGAGGGCUGUAGGUGCUGCCCUUCGGCGCGCUCUGCGGCUCCCGCCGCGUUGGACCGUGCCUGUCACUGGGGUGGUCACCGCCCCGCGCUGGGAUAGGGCAGACCCCAUGGAAUUAGUCACGUUCUGCCGUCCGUGCCGGUGUGGGCACUGU